CCCUCUCUUCUCCCUCCCUCCUCGCUCUCUCGCUCCUGCUCCUCAGCUCAUGAUUUGAGGAAGUGACAUUUUAUCACCGCUGCGGUCCGGACAGCGGCUGCAAACAGGUGUGCUGUCGUCUGUCCGGCCCGUGUCACUCACGUCUCGGAAGCCGAACCGAGCCACGUCGGACGUGGGACGGCGGCGCUGGCGGCAGGGCGGGCGGUGGGGAGGAGGAGGAGGAAGCCGCUCAAGUGAGCUCUUUAUUAGCCGGGCUGUUGGAUUCAGACGUGGAAGAGGAGAGAGAGGGAGAGGGAGCGAGAAGGGGGAGCGAGGGCGAGCAAUGGCAACGAAGAAGGCGGCGUGCGUGGAUGCGCCCAAAAGGAGCCGGAGCCGGAGUCCGGUCGCGUUGGAGGCGGAGAUGUUCAGUGAAUUUCAGGACUGGUGCCUCCGCACUUAUGGAGACUCUGGCAAAACAAAGACCGUCACCCGGCGGAAAUACAACAAAAUCAUGCAGACCUUAUUGCAAAACGACGAGUCGGAUGGUGUGUACGUGGACAACAGCCACAUUAACGCCAAAUUCAAAUUCUGGGUCAAGUCCAAAGGAUUUCAGGUGGGGACCAACGUUUUGGGAGAGCACAACAAGAAAGGAGCUGCGGCGAAGCCCGUGCUGUACGUCCCGGUCAAGUCAACGUGUGCGGACGGCAAUUCAGCUCAGGACAACUCGUCUCUGAAGCGCGUGGCUGUAGUGGAAGACUUCUUUGACAUCAUCUACGCCAUGCAUGUGGAGAUUGGCGCCGACCCUGGCCGGGCCCCCAAACACGCGGGCCAAAAGAAAACCUACAAAGCGAUAGCGGAGACCUACGCCUUCCUGCCUCGAGAGGCGGUGACUCGCUUUCUAAUGAGCUGUGGCGAGUGUCAGAAGAGGAUGCACAUCAACCCCAGCACCGCAGAGUUCAAAGAAAAUGACCGUCCAACCUCGCUGGUCCCUGACCUGAUUGACUAUAACAUGCCCCUGACUGCCACCUACUUGAAGCAAAUGAAGUUGCAGUGCAUGACUGCCACCGAGAGGGAUGACUCGUCGGUGAGCAGCGAGGACAUGAACGGCGCCGAGCCCGCUUGGGCGGCAGCUGACCGGCCGCCAGCACCUGAGCCCGGGACUCCGAAUGGAGCGAGGCUCAGCAACCCCGCAGCCUCCGUCAAGGAAGAUGACGACGACGACUCCUCAGAGAGCAGCAACGGCAAUGGAAUGCCAGCCAUGACCUCGCCCGAGGUGCAGCCCGCGGGUGCCAAUCCCCCGGAAGGCAGCGCCUCAUACGGCGAGGUGAUGGAGAACGGCGUGAGCGCUCCCUUGGACUUCAGCACCACUUUGUCUUCAUCCUCCUCGGAUGAGCAGCAGCCCGUCAACCUGAGCGACCGACUGCUGCCCGCCGGGUGUUCGCCGCCAAACUCGUUCCCGACAGACCCGAACAGGAAGUACCCAAUCAAAACAGAAUAUGCCAAGUCGCCACCAUACAGCUCAGGAAGCUACGACUCCGCGAAGACCGAAAUGAGCGCGUGCGCUGAGGACUUGACCUCCGGCCGCGCGCAGAUCAUCGAUGAUGACGACGACGAUCACGAUGAACACGAUGACAGCGAUAAGAUCAAUGACGCUGAGGGAAUGGACCCUGAGAGACUUAAAGCCUUCAAUAUGUUUGUGCGUCUGUUUGUGGAUGAGAAUCUGGACCGCAUGGUGCCCAUCUCCAAACAGCCCAAGGAGAAGAUCCAGGCCAUCAUGGAAUCAUGUGGCCGCCAGUUCCCUGAGUUCCAGGAGCGCUCUCGCAAGCGCAUUCGCACCUACCUCAAAUCUUGUCGCCCGCAUAAAAAAAGCGGUUUUGAGAUAAGACCAACCCCUCCUCACCUCACCUCUGCCAUGGCUGAGAACAUCCUCGCCGCCGCAUGCGAGAGCGAAACCAGAAACGCCGCCAAGAGGAUGAGGCUUGAUAUCUACCCAGCGGAAGAACCCGCCCUUGUUGACAAGCCCAGCACCAGGGAGCCCGCAUCCGUGGCCCCGUCGGGCUUUGUCAUCGCCAGCUCAACUUUUGCCCAAGACCAGCUCUACACCAACGGAGGCCUCAACUACAACCUGCGUGGCUACGGCACCGUCGCCGGCAACCAGCAGGAAUGCGUGCAAGCACAAACCAACGGUCCAACAGAUCUGAGCAUGAAGUCGGUGGUUCCGAACUCCUCUUCCUCCAGCUCAAACAGUCAUGGGCAGGGAGGCGGGGGUGGAGGGGCCUCGGCCCAACUCAGUCCCCCGGAAGUGACGGCGGUCAGGCAGCUCAUUGCAGGAUACAGAGAGUCAGCUGCCUUCCUGCUCCGCUCGGCCGACGAACUGGAGAACCUGAUUCUGCAGCAGAACUGAACACCCACCAGACCCAGCCCGCACUCGGCUUGUCCGUCCGUCCAUCCGUCUUUGUGUGUAAAUAUGUCACUCUGACAUACAAGUCUUGGCGAAGUUGGACAGAGGCACAAGCAAAGGGGAGUGGUUCUGCCAAGCACAGCAGGUCCUGUAAGGUACCUUGACUCAUCCCACAUGACUAUUUAUGCAUUUGCUUCCCUUUGACCUCCGUGCUCUGUCUUCUGUAGUCUCCCCGCUAAGUUUCUCUCUCCACCUCAGCCCCCAUUUGUCUCAGGAAGUGAUCAUGUGUGCAGAAAACAAAUCCAAUUGUCCAUCUAGUGCCAUUUCCCCCAACCUUCAAAGAGCCAAAGCUCAAGAAAAGUCCCCCGGCAAACCACCGAACAAACUCGUCACAAAGUAUUUCAAAUAAUGACUCCCAUUUAACAUGAGUGUGAUUGGCUAAAAGAUUUCUUUUUGUUUUGGUCAAUUCAGCAGAACAAUUAAUAGAUCACAUUUAUGGUGGAACGAGUUAUGAAAUGAUUUACCUUGAUCUUAAAUGAUUUACCUUGAGCAUAUAUAUUUAUAUAACUAACAAAACAUUGGCAUAUGAACAGGGGUGUGUUGACUUUUUCAAUCCACUGUAAUUGUUCUGCCUAUUUGUGGCUACCAUAUACGUAGAUAACAGAGAUACAUGAUUAGUAGUCAGUAAAAAAUGAUUUUUGGCCCAAUUAAAUCAUAGGAGAUCAUUUUAUGCGACCCACUGGAUUAUUUUUAAUAGUUGGGAAUUGCUGAUUGUAGUGAACACAGAAUGAAUUCAAUUAGCUUUCCCAGACAUCUUGCAGGUUUCAGUUGUGGAUGGAAUAAUAGCAAUGUGUUUAAAAAAUAAUGAAAAAGUAAAGCAGUAGUAGUUUUUAAAUCUAAUCUAAUGGGGAGUAACUGAAUUAGCGAUCGGUUUGUUUUUCCUGCCCUGGCAAUUUGAAGUCCUGUUUUUGAAUCAAGGGAUGGAAACAACAAAAGAUUUAUUGAACCGAUUAAUCUUUUAAUUGGAAAAAAAAGCCACACUGCUAUUAUUCGGCACCCAAGUGUACGGCAAGCUGCUUUUGUGUCAAAAUGUUCAUCCAACAGUUUGACUUGGUGGACAUCCAUCAACAGACAAACGGUUGCUAAAUUUCCUGCCACCGUUGCUGUUUGAUGGACUGAUCCCAAAAUCAGUCUCAUUUUUGUUCCAAGCCGUUCGCUCAAGACGUUACCUCGUUGUCUUUUGUUAGAGACCAAGACUCAUUUUGUGAAAAAGGUAUGACAUGGAGAGGAAAUGAAACGAUAGGAGAUCACCAACACCUGUCAGGGAAGAAAGAGAUUAUUGAACAUUUUGUUGAGUGCGAGCAGAAAAAGGUGCAAAUAUGAUGAUAAUCAGUAGAGGAUGAUAUUCAUGUCACAUAUCGUGGGGAGAAUUUCACCACAAUUCACUCCGGUCCUAAAAGACUUCAUAAUCCCAUGCAGCAUUGUAGCCAAUUUCAAUGUUUUGACGGCUGAUGUUGGUCAUCAACCUUAUCACUUUUCAAAGGUCACAUGACUUGCACACUUUGCUUUUUUUCUUUCUUCUUCUUGUCAUCGUUGUUGUUGUGGAGGAAUUAUUAUGUGCAUUUUGUCACGCGUAGCCAAUAUCAAUUGAUCACUCGAUGGAUUGAGGUCAUCCCAAACAUUUGCAUGGGGGGGUGCAAUGGAACCGAGAACCCCCCCACACACACACCCCGCCCUCAGCCCCCAAGCCGCAUUGCGGCCAUCCUGUCACUGCAACCCAUGUCAGAAACUGUCAGUUUGGAAAAGACGCAAGAGACAAUCUUUGACAAAGAUGUAAUUACAUCAGUUUACGCUCCCUGGUGUGUGUGUGUGUGUGUGUGUGUGUGUGUGUGUGUGUGUGGUGUGUGUGUGUGUGUGUGUGUGUGUGUGUGUGUGUGUGUGUGUGUGUGUGUGUGUGUGUGUGUGUGUGUGUGUCUGAGAGGGCACACACACACACACAGAGAGCACAGUCUCACACUUGAUGGUGAGUCAGCACAAAAACGGUUGUCAAGUGUACUUUUGUCUUGAUUUCCCCGAUUUUGGAUUUAUGAUUUUUUUUGGGGGGUGUUGCUUGACGUAAGUGUCGUCGUGGACCGUUUGUGUAAAAGUGAAGUGUCCCACUUUGAACAUGAAUCUGUUAAGAAGUAAUUCCGUCACUCAGCACAUUCCAAACAAGGACAAGUGACACUCCAAGCAGCCGACUCGCACCUUACAAAAAAAAAAAAAAAAAUGUAGAGAGAUAUAUUAUCUACCACAUGACACAUUCUAUAUCAGCGUGCGUUCGUCACAUUGUCAGUGGGCCGCGUGCUGUGUGCAUUUCAAGUGUCAGCAUGAUGAACUACUGCAAGUUUGGAAGCACUUUAUAGCUCAGGAUUAGGGAAACGUACGCAGUGAUCCGCUCGUCAGCGGCUUUUUAACCUCCAAGUUAUGCUCACAAGCAGCUUUGCAGCUCCUCCGCGGGCCCGUAGGUGGCGCCGUACUGGCUGAAAAUGACAGGCACCUCUCAUAUCACCACAAAAAAAAAUUACACACACAGGCAACAAAAAAAACUCACAUUUUGACGGAGGGAGGGACUUAUUGCUUGGCAGAGCCAAUCAACAUUUGAGAUGGCAUCUUGUUUACACUUUUGAGCUUCCGUCCACACACACAGUUUUGGACUCUCACAUGGACAAAAAAAGGUUCACAUGGAAAAAAGGAUGGAUGCUUUUUUUGCUUCAGUAAGAGGGUUAGCAUAAGUCUUUUUAGUUUAUGCGAGAAGUUGGGGGGUUGUGAGAGGUUUUUGGUGUGUGUUUUUUCUCUCGCGUGCAUGUCAUGGGUAUUAACUCCGGGCCUCGAGGGCUGCCAUCCUGCAUGUUUUAGAUGUUUCCCUCCAUCCAACUCACCUGACUGGCACUGUUGGAGAAGGGAACCAUCUAAAACAUGCAAGAUGGUGGUUCCUCGAGGACUGGAGUUUGACACUAGUGAUGUAUGUGAAAGAGAUUGUUUGUGUAUGAGAGUGUUUUUAUUUUGGUGAGUGUGGGAGGCUUUUGAGAUGUUUCAAUUUAGGAGAGAUUUUUGUGCAUGUGUGAGAUAUGGUAUUUUUAGUUGUGUGGGCAACGUUUUGGUAUUGUGAGAGAGGCUUUUUGCUGGGGAGUUUUUUUGUACAUAUCAUGAGAGGCAUAGGGGUGGGUGCGCAUAGUAGUGAGUAUGAGUUGUUUUUAAUGUGCGUGAGAGAUUUUUGGGCGAUUGAGUUUUUUAGUGAGUUUCUGUGCAUGUCAGAGGUCAGUGUUUUUUGUAGUUGCAGGGGACUUGUGUGUACGUUUUUUAGUUGUUUUAGCAUGUGUGUGUUUUUUGUUGAACGUGGAGCUUUUUUUUGUAUCUGUGUGAGUCAUGGGUGAGAUAUUUUUGUGUAUGUGAGAGCUAAAUGUAAUUUUGGGCCUAUACAUCUCCUCGCAGGGCCAUCUCGCACAUGGUCCAACGUUAAUCUUCUCGAGUAAUCGUGACGUACGCGUCCUCGUCUCCUCUACUUCUUUCUUGUAUUGAUUAUUUUGAUGGUUUUUUUUUUUCUUUUUACUGUUGCCGUGGCGGUCUCGUCUCAGUCGAACAUUUGCUUGCUGAUGUGUAAGUAAAGCACCACAGCAGCUUGUGUGAUCAGCCACCAUGAUUUUGUUUGUUGGUUUGGAAAUGAUGCCGGCAAAUUUUGUAUUGCGCGGACAACAUAAUGAUCUCUCGGUGUUGCUGCAAGUGCCCUGGUAGCUCGUGGAUUGCUCAAGUGGUCAGAUUCUGUACGUGUACUGUAUAGCUGUACAAAGAGUGAUAAAAGCUGUUUUCAACUGUUCUUUUUUUCUGUGGGUACAGCACUGUUUUAAAAAGAAGACAAAAAAAUCAAAAGUGGUUGAAGAAGCCCUUGCCUGUUUGAACUUCUCAUUUGGUGGUGGUCUGUAAUGCUAUUGUUAUUUCUUUGUUUUGAACGCCUGCCCCCGCCGCACUCAUAAGACUGUAGCUGUGUGCAUGGACGGGGGGCGGCGUCCUGUAUCCCCGUGUGAAGCUUUGUAUCGCCCCCUCCCUCCGGUUUUGGACUCAGUGAAAGUGUGAUGUUUACAUGUACAGUUUUUUCACAAUGUUUCUUUUGCAUUUUCUUCAGGAUCUUCCCCACCCUAAUUUGCAUACGCUCAUCCAAAACGUUGUCUUUUGCCCUCCCAAGUGUGACCUCUUUGUCGGAGGUCAACAACCGAACAACUCCCCUACGUCUCUGCUGGGCCAGCAAAGAUAAAUACGAUUCUAAUCAGCUCUUUUUUUUGUGUGGCCUAGAAGGAGAGCAGAGUAGGUACAUUUCUAAAAGUCAAGUGCUCAGAAAAGUGUAAUCUUGUACCGUCAAAGGUACACAAACGUCCUCGGUAACGUAUAAGCCAUUCCCGUCUCCUGGCCUUCACGGGGGAACCCAUAAACCUCAGGAAAUACGCAAUCUCCGCGUGAGUUUGUAUCCGCUGAUUUCCCUCUGAUGUGAGACUGAAAAUCACUAACAAAAACCAUUCAACAUUUCUAUGGAGAUGUCUAUUGUUUGUACAUUGAUCAUUGUGUUUGCAAAGUGGAUCUUUUUCCAGUUCGUGUGACUUAAUAUUUGGAUUACGUUGGAGUGUUUAUAGGUAUGGAUAUUUAUUAUUAUUAUAUGUGGAAAUACAAAAAGUGAAAAAAAAAAAAAAAAAGUUUGAACCUGUUUCAUUUGUUUGUUUCAUGCAAAACUGUCCAGGUGAGAUUCUUUCUGCCUCUUACAUAUCACGAAGGAGGGACCUGGGUGCGUGCGUGCGUGCUUGUUCGGAAAAAUAGUGUUUUUUCAGUGUUGCAUCAACGCGUUGGGAAAAAAAGAAAAAACAAGGGAAAAAACUAAACAACACGAUUGAUUGGAAGGUUCUCCUGAGAUGUCAGUAAUUCAAUAAAAUAGUGCGAUGG